UCAAAUGUUAGUAGUACAGUAUUUAUACAGUAGACUGACUGUUUUGAACUAGCCAUGGUGACAUACAGACUACCUCACUUUGUUGCUCUUAUUUUAAUUCUGCAAGUGUACGAUAGCACGAGUUUCAUAUAUGAAGAGUACUAUUGGCAAGACUAUGAAGGAAAGAUACCAGAUGAGGCUCUUGUUGGAGGCAAAGAUGCGACCGGUAUGCCAAUUUACAUAGGUCAAGCCUACUAUUUUAGUAAGUUACUACCUGCGAAAAUUUAUAAAGGUGACAACAACGCGUAUGUGGCGUGGGGUUCCGAAAUUAAAGUGUCCGAGCAUAUCAAGAUUCUAUGCACUCCGCAUCCUGAGAGGUUCAAAUGGGUGCAAACGAAAAAGAACGAAAUUCACAAACUCAUCAAUCAUAAGCUUGUGAAGGGUGGAUGGGAACCGUCCUAUGACCUUUACAUUGGAAGAGCGUUUCACAAGUCGCAAACGUUGGUGGGAAGCGUUAAGGUGGCUGGAAGACCCAGCCUCAAUUUGGGCCUCCACAUUUCCUCCAAUGGGGCUCAAGUUGUGGUGAACGAUUUUGAAAUUCUGACAUACGUUCCCGAAAAGAAUUUAACUGAAACACGGCAUUGCAAUCAAAAAAUUAUUAUUGUUUAAUAAACUUAUGUACAAACUGAA